AUCAACUACACUUGCGUGUUCCCCCCGCCUUCCUCUGCUCUCUCACCGCGUAUACCUCUACAGUACCUCGACGUAUACCGUUCCCUCUAGCACUCCACAACUAGAAGCGUGUCAGGGCAGAUUCACAGCCAUGUCGUCCCCGUUCUCGAUAAACGGCGGUGCCGCCGUGGCCAUGGUGGGCAAGGACUGCGUCGCCAUCGCCUGCGAUCUCCGCCUCGGCAUGCAAGCGCUCACAGUGUCGAACAACUUCCCCAAGAUCUUCCAGUACGGCGACGUAUUCCUUGGCCUGACAGGACUCGCCACCGACGUCUCGACCGUGUCCGAUCUGUUCCGCUACAAAGUCAACAUGUACCGCCUGCGCGAGGAGCGCAACAUCUCACCCCAGACCAUGGCCAACCUCGUCUCAUCGUCGCUGUACGAGAAGAGGUUCGGUCCGUACUUCGUCAGCCCUGUCAUCGCGGGUAUCAACCAGACAACGGGGAAGCCGUUCAUCUGCGGGUUCGACAGCAUUGGGUGCAUCGACUUUGCGAAGGACUUCAUCGUCAGCGGAACGGCGAGCGACCAGCUGUUUGGUACAUGCGAAGGACUGUGGGAGCCGGAUCUGGGCCCGGAGGAUCUCUUCGAGACCAUCUCACAAGCGCUGCUGAACGCCGUUGACCGAGACGCGCUGUCUGGUUGGGGAGCACACGUCUACAUCAUCGAGAAGGACAAGGUCACCAAGCGGUUAUUGAAGGGCAGACAGGAUUGAGGUGGGCGAUGGUAUGCGGUGGCGCUACGAAUAGCUACGACUCCGAGGCGGCGG